GGUCGCGUCAGUCGAAGGGAGGCGUUGCAAGGUAACGUGAAUGCCGUGCUGCCGAAUGCAUACCAGUAUCGUGUUUACCUCUCGUGCUAGAUUCGAAUUGAACCAAGUGACAGACGUCGUUCCUAGUGCUUGAUUUAGUACGGUCGCGUGUGAAUGUGUUUGCGACGAGAGCAGAAAGUAAAGCAGUAGUUUGCCAAAUCUGGCCUGGGGCCAAGGUGAAAGCACUUGCGUGCAGUGACAAACAAUUGCUGCGUUGUUCCCACUAUUCUGGCUACAACUUCGCCUGUGUCACAGACAGUGAAGGUAACGUGGAUUGCACCUCUCUGGGUUAAAGUACGCAGCACAGCACGGACCCACCCAUGAUGACUAAUAUCGACGAGGCGGUUGUGAAGUCUAAGCGACCUGCAGACAGCGCCUUCAAACAGCAACGGUUGGCAGCAUGGCAGCCGAUAUUGACAGCCGGCACAGUGCUACCAACGUUCUUCGUCAUCGGCAUCGCCUUCAUCCCUGUCGGUAUAGGUCUGCUGCACUUUUCGUACGAAGUAAAGGAAUUCACACUCGAUUACACCGAGUGUAAGGAGUACCUGCCGGAUAAGCGAGUUCACGGCUCAGAAAGAUGCUCCGACGUCAUCGACAAGAACCGGACGUGCAUCUGUCAGGAGGACUUCACACUUACCGAAGAAUUCGCCGGCAAGGUGUACAUGUACUAUGGGCUGUCCAAUUUCUACCAGAACCACCGGCGGUACGUAAAGUCACGUGACGACAACCAGCUGUUGGGCCAACUCGAUCAGCCUCCCUCGAAGGAUUGCAGCCCGUAUGACUACACGAACGACACUACCAACAAAAUGCCUAUAGCUCCCUGCGGUGCUAUCGCCAACUCACUCUUCAGUGACAAACUGACGAUUCUUUCACACCGGAUGGACAAUCAGGAAGUCCCAAUGCUGCGCAAGGGAAUCGCCUGGCCGUCUGACAAGCAAAUCAAAUUUCGCAACCCACCUGCACCCAACGGAAACUUGUCUGCAGCCUUCCAGGGUUACGCCAAACCCCUCCGCUGGGCUAAACCUGUCUACGAGCUCGAUCCCGACGACCCGGAGAACAACGGUUUCCAGAAUGAGGACCUCAUUGUGUGGAUGAGAACUGCAGCCUUGCCCGAGUUCAGGAAGCUCUACCGGCUCGUCAACCAUAAUGCAACCGGUUACGUCGAUGGACUACCUCGUGGUAACUACACUCUAAGAGUUCAAUAUAACUACCAAGUAAACGCCUUUAAUGGCACCAAAUACAUGAUAUUAUCAACUACGUCGCUACUAGGUGGGAAAAAUCCGUUUCUUGGCAUUGCCUACAUAGUCGUAGGAUCCGUCUGCCUUUUCCUGGGGAUAGUGUUCCUGUUCAUCCAUGUAAAAUGUGGGAAGAGCACCUCGGAGAUGAUAAACGUAAAUCCCAGGACUCCGUAUCAGUAGAUGUAAUAUGCAGAGCAACAUAAUUUUCUGUAAAACAGAAGAUCUCAUUGAUGUCUCUGUGUGUGCGAAUUUUUUCCUACGCGGUGGUGCUAGCAAAGCUUUAGCAGUUGCAGGAGGCCUUUCAGUUUUUAGUAACUCGCUUACAGUGCUCUGUUUGUGUACAAAAUCAGCAGCCUCUUAACGAAAUUUGAUUUCAUGUAAUUAGGUGCAAAGUCCAUUUAUUUGCUAGAGUGUUUAAAUAAUGUUGAAUGUUAAUAAUUCUUCGCUACCUCGCCCGCAUCUAAUAUGUGUUGUUCGUGUUAUGCACAGCAUUCUGUGAUAGACAUAUAUGAAAGAUUGAGAGCUUUUGUUUCUCAACCAAAGUAUUUAAUUUUACUACAGAAGUAUUAAGUAUUAUAUGGUUUGUAUAUAUGAGAGACUGCUCUGUGCAGCAAUGUUGCAUUUUGUAACUGAAAUUUAAUGUUUCUAAAUUCUGAUAGUGUAUUUUUGUUUUAUACAUUUGUGAAUAUACUUGUUGAAAAUAUAAAACAAUGCCACAAGCCAUGUGUUAUAUCUCUUGGUUCUUUUACAUUUUUCCUGUAUGGGAAAUACUUUAUUACUUCUACAGGUCAGUGAGACUACUGUGCUGAAUUUGCAAAAUAAUUAUGGUAUUUGCAAUAAGUUACAAACUCUGAGUCAUAUUCAAUAAGCCUACAUAAGAUAUUCCCACUACAUAGGAUUUACAUCAACUGACUGAAUGCACUUAAGUUACCAAUAACUAAAUACUAUCUGUCAACUGUUACAAUUAAACUUAAUUUUUUUACAUCCAUCGUAUGAUGUUAUACGUAAGAGCAAGGCAAUAUAUGAUUACCUUAAUAUUUUCCCCAUAAUUUACACAAUUCUUUAUCUGGUGGACCACAUGCAUCAGAUCUGAACUUGUUCUGGUUUACUGGUAUUUUACAGUAAAACCUGAGUAGUGUAUGUUUCAUGUAUGCAUAUUCUUGUUGUGACAGAUGUUUAUGAUCUGUGGUUAAAUUAUUGUUUAUUUGCAGAUUGCCAAGGGUGUGUGUGUGUGUGUGUGUGUGUGUGUGUGUGUGUGUGUGUGUGUGUGUGUGUGCUGCUAAAUAAUUUACCAGGUGCUGCAAAACUUAGCAAAUGCGAAGAUUGUAAUGGCAAAUGUGUUUGAAUACAGAAUAAUGCAGAUGAAGUCAAAUAUCAAAACAAGGGUUUCCAAUUACUAACAUUCAGGGAACACACUUUGUUUGUUACAGUAGUGUCCACACUCAUUGUACCCACUGGAUAGUUUACCAGUAACUGUUUUCUAAAGUGACUUGUUUCAUACGUAAGAUUUAAAAAUUUUAAUUGUAGAGGUGGAAAGCUGUUCACACACACACACACACACACACACACACACACACACAGGUAUUCAGAUGACAGAAAUAUGAGUGCAUUGCACUGCAUUAAUGAAUUAUGAGUCCCUUUUUAACUAUUAUAAACUCAGUGCUAAUACUGUCUUUACAAAUAUGUGUGCAGUACAUCACUACACUUUUGGUAAUAGUAAGACACCUUUAUUAGGCCUAAUGAAUUUUGCUUCUUUUUUUUGCUGUAGUUAAACUUGAAAUAAGUAACCAUUGUAUACAUGUGAUAUAAUUCAGAUAUUGUUAUUUAAAUUACUAAAAAAGCUGUUCAUCACAGAGUCAAGAACCUCUGAGGUAGGUGACACAGCUGUUUUCUGUGAGGAAUCUGUUUAUACAAAGUUGGCAUGGAGUUUCCCAACAUACCUGAACUAACUUUUCCAGUAUGUAAACCACUGCCAGUGUUCUCUGAAAUCAGGUAUGUUGCAUAAAUAGUUAAUAUAGAGUAAUGGAUAAAAACAGAAGCUGAAUUGUGUAAGAGAAAGAGUGAUGUUUUUUUAGAUGCUUUUUGCUAAUAUAAUAGAAUUUGUAAUAAGUUAAGAAACAAUGAGUGUACCUUACCACUUAUAAUUGGUUGCUAGUGUACUUUGCAAAAUUGGCUUUCAUUAGGUGCUUCUGUCUGUUAAUACAUAACCUUAUACAUUCUCCUUUAUAAUGUGAGUUACAUUACACAGUGCAGUGUGUGAAUGGGUAUAAAUGCUGACAGAAGGAAACUGAAUAUUUGGAAUCUGAAUUAGCCCAUGAAAAGAUUGUUAAACAUUCAGAAAAAAAUAAACAAUUCAAUUAAAUGUC